UCAACACCGAUCACACUCCAGUCAACAUGAAGCUGUUCAUCAUCGCUGCUCUGGCCCUGGUGGCCGUUGCCGACCGGCCCCAGCCUUCCUACAGGCCCCGUCCCACCUACGCUGCCCCGACCUACGCCCCGGCCCCGACCUACAAGCCCCAGCCCAAGUACGCUCCUGCCCCGUCCUACGGCCACUCGAGCUACAAGCCGAUCGCAAUCCUGGGGCAGGAGGACGUCCACCCCGGAGAUGGCACCUACAGCUCCAAGUUCUCCACCGAGAACGGCAUCUACAGAUCCGAGACUGGCGUGCCGGUGCCCGGCUACGGCAAGAACGCCUACGGCGAGGCGGAGGACCUCUACCGCCAGGAGGGCUCCUGGAGCUACACCAACGGCUACGGCGAGGAGGUCAAGGUCGCCUUUGUCGCCGACGAGAACGGCUACCAGCCGUCCAGCGACAUCCUGCCCACCCCGGUGCCCACCGAGUACCCGACCCCCGAGGUGGACCCCACCUACGUCGAGCCCCAGCCCAGCUACGGCAAGCCCGCCUACCAGCCGGCUUACAAGCCCGCCUACAACUAAACAAUUCCUGAUAACUUGUGAUUGGUGUCAUGAGCUGUGAUUUCCUAUCGGAUAUUUUUAUAUGUAUUUAUUCAAACGAAACUAUGUAUAACGGUACUUACUGAAUACAAGCUUCGCCGUGUCA